AUGUUUUUGAUACCUUUGGUUGACAUCCUCGAACCUCCUACGCCCUAUCCAUCCAACCUAGAAAGCAAACAAAACAAAGAUAAAAUGAGUUCGCCCGACCUAUCACCCGUCGGGGUCAAAUUCGCCCUCAAAGAUGAAAAGCGCGCCGUCUCGUCCUCCAGCACCCUCGCCGUUGUCUCCGAGAGCGAUUUCCUCCCGCCGCCCGCCACAGCCCUCACGGCCCCUCCACCAGGGGAGUUCGACCCCAGCGUGGGCGCAAAGCCCUCGUCGCCUUUCUACAGACACGCCACGCCAUCGGUCAGUUUGGCCAAGUUGAAAGGCCGCACGAAGAACUCCGCCUCGCCCUGCGCCGACAAUCUCUACGACCUCGAGAACAAUACCCUGAUUACUACACAAGCGUCUAUGGGGGAGGACGGAAGCCAUCGGGAAUCGAAGCUCUGGGCUCAAGAGAAGCGACGGUGCGGGUGUAUGAGAUCUCUGUCGAAGAGACAACGGCUGGUGUUGAAGGCGGUCAUUGCGAUCGGGACGCUAGGGAGUAUGAUGGCCAUCGCGCUGGGGAUUACGGCGGCCGUUGGAGGAGGGGUGUGGAGGUCAGAUCAUCAGCAUCGAGUUAUUGGCUAA